AUGGCAGGAGUUUUCAAGAACGUCUUUGGCUCCCAGCCCAGCUCUGCCGCACUCGAGGAUGGUGAUUUUGCCGACUUCGUCAAGGCGCCUGAACCCUCACCCGCCCCUAUCGUAGACUCGCCCUCAACGCCGCUGGGUCAUACUGGGGUCACUCCCGUUCCUUAUACGAAAUGGUACCGCGUCUGGGAGCGCACAUCCCCCAAGGACUUUAUGCAAGAGGCCAUGGUUUUGCCAAUUAUCCUAUUAAUUGUCCUGUUCCACUUCUGGGGGACUCGUAAGAACCGACGACGUGCCAAAGAGUGGGCCACUGCCCAUGCUUCCGCUCUACGAAACGAGUUCGCGGUCGUUGGAUUCGAUGGCAUUCAAAAAUCAGACAACUCUUCCGUGGCUUUGGACGACUCAAUUUUGAAAGAGAAGUCUGCCCAGGAGUUUUCCGCCUACGCGACUGGUCGCCAGAACGUUGCAUUCCUCGAUGUCGUGAUCAAGAUGCCAAAGCGCGCCAAUCCGGUGACCUACUGGAUGGAUCAGGUGUUUGCCUUCUUCUUUGACAGCUGGCCCUCCCCGGAGGAGUCUUACCAGGCUACUGCAUACACCUUCGAUGGAAAGGAGAAGGACUUGGUUCCGGUACCUGGCAAGGAUACUUCUUCUUUGAAAGUGAAUAACUCAACUCAUGAUGGCUUUAUCUGGGCGAUUGUACACAAGAAUGAGAUGAAGAAUUUCCGCAACGAUAGAUAUGAUGCGUCUAUGACUUUCACCAAGGACAAUGCGAAGCUACCCCAGUGGGUGACUGUCAUGACGGAGAGCGCCGAAAUCACUGAUACCCUCCUCACCACGGAGCUGAUCCAGGCUGUGGAACAGGCAGGGAACAGCUUCAAAUACCUGAUUGUUACCGAUCAGCCCACGGACAAGCCUACAAAGAUCGAGGAAACCACUCCUCGCAAGCGCAUUCAGCUCUGCUUGAAUCUUGCGUCAUCUGCCUCCGGCUACGCCAACUCCCUGGCUUUGUUUACUCAAUUCCUUCGCUUUCCGGAUAGACUCGUAACUCUUGGGCAUUUCCGUCCCGAGGUUAUGCGCAAAAUCAGGAAUGUGCGCGAGGAGGAGAUCAAGAAACUGCGUCGCAUUGAUGAGCAAGAGAAGGCCGAGGAGCGCAAGCUCGCGGCGGAGAAGUUGAAGAAGGAGGAGCGAGAGCGCAUUCUUCGUGGCAUGACUGCCGAAGAACAGCGCAAAUACCUCGAGCGUGAACGCGACAAGGAGCAGAGACGCACCAUGAAGCGGAGCACCAGACGGGCUUAG